AUGAGUCUUCUCCCAUUUCUUGUAGUUGGAUUUGUGAUUAUGGCUUGUGUCUCGUCCCUAACAACUUUCUUAAGCGCUCUAUUCAUGGGUCAAGUCAGCAUCCAUAAGUUUUCUCUGGCAAUAAUGGCGUGCAUCUGUCCUUUUAUGGCAUGUGGUACAGCGCUUGGUGCUUUAUUUUUCAUUGGAGUGAGAUUUGGUUCGAUUCUAUGUGUGACACCAUUCUUAAUCCUGGCCAUUGGAGUGGAUGAUGCUUACCUCAUGAUACAUUCUUGGCAAAGGGUGACUAAAGAGUUGAGAGAAAAUCCGACUAAGGAAGAUUGCGCUGCAUAUCGACUUGCACAGGUCGGGUUUAACUUCUUCACCGGCUAG